UGUGAGUUUUUCUUAAGAUAUUUUGCUGCAAAAUGGACGUGGAGAAGAUUUGUCGCACUUGCUUAAGUCUCUCGGGUCCAUUUCUGUCCAUCUAUGAUGGUGGUAAUGGCAGUUGCUUAGUCGACAUGCUGCGCGAAUUCACCCGCACGAAGCCGCGACGCGAAGAUAAUUUGCCAGCCAGGGUUUGUCUUAGCUGUAUCAGCGAAAUAAACCAUUGCUACUCGUUUAAACUAAAAUGUGAGAGCUCCAAUCGUACGCUGCGACAGUUGCUGCCCAAUGCCCUGCCCGAAGAGCCGGACCAACUGAUUCCAUCUGUAGCUAAGAUUCCAGUCUCCACAUCCGACAGCUCGGCUCAAACUGAUACAGUUGCAACAGUCAGCAGUGAGGCCCAAACGUAUGAGAUAGAAAAAGUAGACGCGCAACAAAACACAACAAAUGAAGAGCAACCAAAGGAGCAGACAACGACUGUAAUGGAAGAAGAUGAGGAGCAGGAAGGUCAGGAGGAGGAGGAGGAGUAUGAUUACGAAUUUACUGAAGAGCAAGAAACAGAAGUGACACCGUCCAAGGCCAAUGCCGAAAAUAUAAUACUGCAUGUGGAGAAAGACAAUAUCAAGUUCGAGACGGAAAUGGUGUAUAAUAAGAAUACGGGCGAGCUGGUUGAACAGCCUGCGGAAAGUAAUGCCAAGCAGAAGGAAUACAAGUAUCGGCUUGUCAGCAAUGGUAUUGGUGAUACAUAUAUCUCACGAGAGCCAGCGUCGAAAGAGAAACAAUCGAAACAACAGGAGUCACAGUCAACGUCCAAGCGCAAUCAACCUGAAGAGCAGAUGGAUGCAAAGAAAUCGAAGCAACCACCUGCCGCCGACAUGGAUGAGCUGAAGACGAAGUUCCACUGUGAUCGCUGCAAUGCAGGCUUUGCAUUGGAGAAAUCCCUAAUCAUACAUCGAAGGCAGAACAGCUGCACUCAUCGAAACUUCAAGUGCAAUGAAUGCGAGCGAGUGUUUGUCUCGCCCGAACAUCUUUCCGAACAUCAGGCCACACAUGGAGCCUUUAUAUGUCAAGAGUGCGGUCUUCGUUGUGAGUCUAUGGAGCAGUUGGGUAGGCACAUGGUGCAGACGCACAAGCGGAAUCUGCGUAAUCAAUGCAAUGUGUGCCAGAAGGUUUUCACGAUGCUGUCUACUUUACGCGAUCACAUGCGCAUUCACACCGGCGAGAAACCAUUCGUUUGCAAUGUCUGUGGAAAAGGCUUCACGCAGAACGCGAAUCUGCGCCAGCACAAGAUGAGACACUCGGACAUUAAGCGCUUCAAAUGUACGCUGUGCGAUCAUUCAUUUGUGACCAAAGCAGAGCUAACUUCUCAUGGUCGCACUCACACGGGCGUCAAGCCGUACCAGUGCGAGGUCUGCUCCUCCAGAUUUACGACCAGCUGUUCCCUGGCUAAGCACAAGCGCAAACACACUGGAGAAAGACCGUAUGCCUGUGAUCUGUGUCCCAUGCGCUUUACUGCGCUUAAUGUACUCAAGAAUCAUCGACGUACGCACACGGGCGAGCGGCCUUACGUUUGUCCCUUCUGCUCGAAAAGCUUUACGCAACGCGGCGACUGCCAGAUGCAUCAGCGAACGCAUCAGGGCGAUAAGAUCUACAUUUGUCCAGUGUGCAGCGAGGAGUUUAAAACGAUGAGCGAUAUGCGCACGCACCUCACAAUGCAUGAGCAGGAUGAUAAGCGUCUGGUCCACUUCACCCUGCUGAGCAAUAAGGAGAAUGGGAAUGCGACGACACUGCAAGAGGCUGACGAAGAUGAGUCGGAUGCAACCGAUUUACUGUAGACUAGUUAUCCCCGUAAGGGAUUUAUGAAUAAGCUGGGGGGUUUUUAUAGACUAGA